GCCUCGAGCAAGUUUCAGAGGAUUGCGGAACCAUGUUGCUGCAUCCGAUCAACUUCAGACAUGUUUUAGUGACGGACCAAUCCGCUUCCGGUCCAGUUGUCAACAGAGGACCACGCGUGUCUCCAGCUGCCUCCAGUCAAAAUGCCCAAGGCGCAGAGAGGAAAAGCCGCGGAGAAAGUGGUUCACCCGUACAGCCGGAAAGCUGCGUACCUCGCCCGGGAGGAAAUACGCCAGGGCAGGAAAGAGAGGCAGAAAAAUGACAAAGCCAUACGUCUGAGCAACAUUGGUGAGAAACUCUUGUGGUUCCAGCAGCAGUUGGAUCCUGAAAAGCCGGCGUACACAAAAGAAGACGCCUGUGUCAUCAUUGAAAGGUACCUGAAAAGGUUUGACUCUGAACUGGAGCAGAUUGAGCUGAUGAACAGCAUCAAGGGUCGGCAGGGCCGGCAGCACGGCGCCCGAGAGGCCGUCAUCAAACAGACCAUAGAGCGAGAGCGAGCGCAGUAUGAAGGCAAUGGAUUUGAAAUCCCAGACAUCAUUAAUUCAAAACAUCUGAAAACAUUCAGAGAGUGGACUGGCGAUCUGAAGAAACUUCCAAACAUUAAACUGCGAAAAGUGUCUAACAAAGGAGUCGAUAGAAAGGACAGUCAGGAAGACAACAAUGAGGCAGAGGAGGAUAACGAGGAAGAUGACCUGGAGGAUGAUGCAGCACUGAUGUCAGAUUCAAAUUGAGGCCCGUGUCGUUGGAACUGACUUCAUGCCAAAGCUGCAAUCAGCCAUGCAGGACAGCAGCUUGUAGAGCUGUGUUUUACUUGUGGACCUGAGCAACAGCAAAUCAGGCCUAAGGGUGUGUUUUUUACACUGUAAAAAAGUGAGCUGACGUGUGUGCGUGUUCAUGUGCCUCCCUGCUGCAGCUGAAGCUCGAUGCGCCUCCUGUGUUGCCCACAAGGUGGCGACAAAACAUCAGAGACAAAUGCAAAGUAAGCAACCCGCUCUCCUUGCUCUCAUGUCUGUUAUUGCUCAGUAACUUCACACCAACAUAGUGAGGGGAUCUACAUUCAUUGUUUAUUGCACAAAAAAUGCAUUUAAUCUCAUUUUAAUUCUCAGGUUCAUCCAAUCAGAAAUAGAAAAAAGUUGUGAUAUAGAAAUCAAGUGCUUGAAUGUUGUGGUGGAUAUACAUCAAAAGUUGGAUUUUAUGUGAAGGGACAAUGGUAACUGGUAAAAAACCAAAUUAAACCUGUAAAAAAGA